AAAGACGUCCCUCACAAAAAGUCUCCUAUCCUAUGAUUCCGUAUCUCUCUCAAUCACCAUUCAUCAUCGCACUCUCACGCAGUGUUCGUGAAUUCUGAAAUGGAGAACUAUGCUCCUGCAUACCCACCAUCAUACCCAGAUUCCGGUGAAUCCUCUCCACGUUCACGAGAGAUCGACUUCGAAAACCCACCACCAUGGGAUGAUCAAAACUACAAGGUCAAGUUCAUGUGCAGUUACGGCGGCAAGAUCCAGCCACGCACACACGAUAAUCAGCUUUCCUACGUCGGCGGCGACACCAAGAUCCUCGCCGUCGAUCGCAACAUCAAGUUCCCUGCGCUUCUCUCCAAGCUCUCCGCUCUCUGCAACAACUGCGACAACCCCGCCGACCUCACCUUCAAGUACCAACUCCCUGGCGAGGACCUCGACGCUCUCAUCUCCGUCACCAACGACGAUGAUCUUGAUCACAUGAUGCACGAGUACGAUCGCCUCUACCGCGCUUCUGCUAGACCUUCUCGUAUGCGGCUCUUCCUCUUUCUCCCUGAGAAUCCUCUUCCCUCUGCUCUCGCACCCGCACACGCACCAGCACCGGUUUCCGAUCAACCCGACCCGGUAAAGCCCAACAACGUCGAUUUCCUCUUCGGUCUCGACAAGCCGGUUGCUGCUCCUCCUCCGCUUCAGCCACCGCCACUCGCCGCGGCUAAUCCGGUGCCGCCACCUGUGGCGGUGCCCCCUCCAGAGUACCACCAGCCGCGACCAAAUUCUGAUCGGGUCAUGGGUUCGGAUCCGGGUGUAAACCAUCAUAUCGAGAUCCAGAGGCAGUUGCAGCGGUUACAGGUUGCGGAGAGCGAGCAAGGUCCGUAUCGGAGGAGAAGCGAGGAUAAUCAUAACCCCACCCCCGCCGGGAACUACGAUUACUACGCUCAGAAGGCGCCGGAGAAGUUGCCAGCGUCUAAUUUCCCGGUGAGCGCGCCGCCGCCGAAUCAAGCUGGUUAUUGGCAGCAGGAGAAGGCUGUUUCCGGCGAGGUUUAUCACUCCGGAGGAGGGGACCAGCCGGUGUACAUGAUUCCGGGAACGGGAACGUUCUAUCACGCGCCGAUGGUGCGUCCGCCGGUGUCGCAAGGCUACUACGCGAUGCCACGAUUGCCUUCUGAUGUUUACCGUGAGCAGCAACCGGUGUACGGCGGCGUUCCGCCGCCUAAAGCGCCGCACUCGUCGGCGGUGCCGGUGACUUAUCCACCGGCGCAGCCAGUUAAAGCUCCCGCGUAUACAGAAGGAGUCAGCGUGGUUCGACAAGCUGGGUUACCGGAUAAUACGGCAGGUGCGUACGCACAGGUGGCGUAUGAUAGUGCCACUGGGAGACAUGUUUACUAUACUGCCCCGGGAGGUGUUGUGCACGCUCCGCCGUACCAAGGAGUUGCUCCGCCAGGCUCCACUGAUCUGAGACCACCGGGCAUGUCAUUGGGUCAAGAUGUUAAAGUUAUAAACAAGGUUUCUCAAGGUUCAGUGUGAUUAAAAUUGUGGUUUGCAUUAAAUUUGAAAUAUUAUCAUGUUAUUAAGGUGCGGUGUUCUUACUCUUUAUUUGCACUUGCUAUUGCUGUAAACAAUGUGAGUUAUGAUUAUACUAUUUCUAUGACUAUGUUUACAUUUCUUUGUGACACUAA